GAAACUUUCUCGGCGAGAUGAAGACAAAGCAAUUCGUAGUGAUAUAUAUGUAUACAACAAUAUUCUCUUUCCUAUCAGCCGUGGCCAUUCUCUGCCUUAUUGACUGGUAUCACAACGUGUAUGCGGCGUUCCAUUUAAACAAGCAAGUGCACGAAGAACAGGCGAAUGAAGAGGUCCGAAUGCUCUGGCUAGUAUACGAGUUGGUGUGUGAUCUGAUUCGAAGAGUGGAUCGAGGCUAUGGCCUCAUACUGCUGCUUCUGUUGCAGUCGUUUUUCCUUCACUUCAUUAUGACACCAUAUUAUAUGCUUAACAUUUCCGAAAUUCCUUCUGGAUUGUCGUCAAUAGGUCAGCAAGUGGCCUGGUUCCACUUCCACGCUGCAAGCGUUAUUCUUAUUGUGGAACCCUGCCAUCGUGUGCAACAAGAGAUGGCCAAAACUCGGUCUCUAGUCAGCAAGCUGAUGUGUCAGACGAGGUCUUAUGACAGUCUUUCGCGAUCUCUUGCUGCUUUCUUCAAAAGUCUUUCCUUAGAGCAGCCGCUGAUAGCACCUUUGGGAAUGAGCGUGCUGGAGAGACCUCUACUCAUCACGAUUCUGGGAGUGGUAUCCACAUAUGUUGUACCUCGACAUUACUUCUCUUUUCCCAACUCCACUGAGAAUAUAUUUCAUGGGACUAAUACAUCACGUGUAGCAAAUAAUCUGUAA